AUGGCUUUCUCGCGAAGUAGCAGUGGCAAGGAAUCUGCCGAAUCGAGCAAGGUCGAUACGCUUUCGCAGCCUGGGUCGGAGCCGUCUUCAUCCAACAACACGAUCUGUUCAGCUCACAGUCCCGCGCAGCAGGCCCUUGAGGAAGUGCAGCACGCUGGAGAGCCAAAAUCGGCGAAGCGACGCUCCUCGCGUGCUCGCCUCUUUUCUAACGGCUUCACGCGGCUUCUGCGGUCCAGUAGUGACGCGAAAGGAAAUGAACUAGCUACUCAUACUGAGAAUAGCGGUGACGAUGGCCGUGAUACCACUGAGCUUCCAAGGACCGGAGCAGUGGACGAUACCAGAAUUGUUUCGAUGACCAAGCAGGUGGCACGCGGUCUCCCAUCACCGCUAGGAAAUCGUCAUGACACGGACGCAAUCGAAGGAUCUGAAGCCCCUUCGAUGCCAACGACCCUGAAGACAAUGGUCACCAUUUUGUCGGAAAUCAAAGUCCUUAAGGCAGACCAGAACCAAGAAUUCUGGGCUAUCGUUGAGAUUGAGGGCGUACUACACAAUCGCCGUGAGCUUGCGGAUUCGAACAUUGAUGUGGUAUUCAUCGUCGACAACGGGUACUAUGUCAGCAAGGACGGCCUCAUGCGUGCUCUCGAAGCAGCCACUGGAGGGCUUCAUCAACUUGAUCGGGGUGACCGUGUCGCUCUCUAUACGACUCACUGUACGCAUGGCUCUGUAGCUAGCACGGUCCCAGAUAGGCUGCUCCCGUUGCGUUCUGUAUGUUCGGACACUGAGGAGGUUUUCCGAAAUUUGACUUUGGACAUCGCGAAGUAUGGCACUCAAGAGUGGAACCCGCCACGCCCAACUCCGCCCAUGAGCAACGUCAUCCUGGCUAUUGCCAAAUCGUUGGAAAUGGGAUCGCCAAAGCACCAACGCUGCCACAUGAUACUUCUAUCUCCCGUCUUCAAUGUGCUCCAUUCCGUGUCCGAUACAUUUCCGAACCUCCAUGUCCACCAGAUCAAUUCUGCUGUGCUACCAUUCGUUCCGAAUGAGGAGCAUAGGGAGAUGGUCUGCCAUGAGACAUGCUGCAAGAACGUUACUGCCAGUAACUGGACUCACUAUCAAUCAGUUCCUGGUCGCAUCAAGCAGAUUAUCCUCCAGGCACGUUCAACGGGUCCGGUUGGCAGUAUCACAGACAUACACGUGGACCUUCGGCCGAAAAGUGGGUGUGAGGUACUUGAGAUCGAUGGCUCUACCACAUUGAAUGCUCUUCGACCUGGGCAAUCUUUUUGCUUUCUCGUCCGUCUGCGUGUCUCGUCAGCAAAGACGCACGAGCUUUGUGAGUCAUCUCUGGAUCCACUGUUAGAACAUAGCUUGGAGGCCACCACCAUACGACAAGAAUUGUACUUGGCCGACAAGCUCAACGCCAAACUCGCCCACCUGCUCUCGGUCCAGGUCUUUCACAAGAAUACCUUGAACGCUCCGGGCACUUGGUGCUACACCGAAGUUCCGUUGGUCGCGAUCACAAGGCUCGGUAGGCUAGCGCCUCCACGCGAUUUUAGUGUUGAAGUCCAAAGACGCCGCAUCUUCUAUAGGCUCAACAAACUCGAUAAUGAGGCGACGAAGAGGGAGAUGAAGAAGUUGGCCAUCGCCGUCUCUGAUGAAAGCGAAGACUUGAAGCAGAUCGUUCAGCGCAUGGCGAAAGAGAUCCAUUGGCACCACGCAGUCCUUGAGUAUGAGGCUUCAUCCCGGCAAAAGCUACCUUUGUGUAGCGGUCCGAUUGGUAAGGCAAUGGUACACCAUAUGUAUCAACACGAGACUGAUUCACUGAUUACAGAGAUGGCGUCGGCGGAGCAUCACGAACACAUUCAGGCAAUGCUCGACGCGAAGAUGAAUAAACGCAAAGGCAUGGCUAUUAUGUAG